UCUUCUUACAAUAGAAGAAGUCAAAAGUGAAAGGGAAAUCCCAAGAGGACGAAAAGAAAACCAAUGCGUUACCUCGAAGAAACUUUAUGAAUUUUUUUAUUAAUUAGUUUCAUCACCACUCACAUUUCCAAGCACUCCAUAAUUCACAUUCCUUUUCUUUCUUCUUCUUCUUUUGCCAUUUCUGAAUUACACCAUUCAACAACAACACAAUAUAGUGGCAAUGAAAUCCCCAAAACCAAACAGAAAACGUUUCAUGCUCUUAUGUUUCUUAUCCAUCUUCUUCCUCUGCAUAUUAGCUUCCAUAAACGAAGUUCGAUUCGAGAAUCUUCUAAGAUUUGGUCGAUGCACACUUUCAAACAACACAACAAACACUUCCACCUCAGUUUCAAUAAACGAACAACAACAACAACAAGAGAUUCGAAUCCUCAUCGGAGUUCUCACACUUCCCGACCAAUACCUACGACGACACUUCCUCCGUCUAGUAUACGGUACACAAAACCCUGAAGGUGCAAAAAUCGACGUGAAGUUCGUGUUCUGUAAUAUUACAAAAGAAGAUCAAAAAACCAUAAUCGCUUUAGAAAUCAUGCGUUACAACGACAUCAUAAUUCUCAACUGCACAGAAAACAUGAACAAAGGAAAAACAUCAACGUUCUUCACAAGUUUACCAGAGAUUUUCAAUGAAACAGUGAAUGGACCAGAUUACCCUCCAUACCACUACGUUAUGAAAGCAGAUGAUGAUACCUACGUGAGGUUAAACAGUUUGGUAAAAUCGUUAAAACCGUUACCGAAGGAGGAUUUAUACUAUGGUUUUGUGAUACCGUGUGGAAGCAUGGACCCUUUUAAACAUUACAUGUCAGGGAUGGGGUUUUUGGUAAGUUGGGAUAUUGUUGAGUGGAUUCAUGGUUCUGAUAUACCAAAGAAACACGUGGAGGGUCCAGAAGAUAAGGUGUUUGGUGAUUGGAUGAGAUGGGGUCGUAGAGGAUUAAACAGGUUUAAUGCAAAAUGGUCUAUGUAUAAUUAUCCUGAUCCAGUUUCUGUUUGUAGUCAUGAGCUUGUGAAUGAUACUAUUGCAGUUCAUUUGUUGAAGAAUCAAGAGAAGUGGAUUAAGACACUUAAUUUUUUUAACCAUACUGGUCCAUUGAAGGAAUCCAAGAUGUAUCAUAUAGCUUAGCUUAAUUAUUAAUUAGCCUUUUUUUGGUGCCAUUGUUUUAAUUUUAUUUUUUGAUAUAUGAUGAAAUAAUAUGAUAUCAAAUUUCAUUUGAUUGAGGGGGGAGAAAAGUGAGAGUUUUUAUGUGUAGAGAAACAUGAGAUUUUGUCGUGAAAACAGGGGAUUUAGUUCAAAUAAGGAAACAGAGUCCGUGACGGUGACAACUGACAAUGGUACAAUAGACAAAAGCAUUGAAGCAAGUAUUCAACACUGUUUCAGAAUUCAGAAAUCCUCUUGUUGUUGUUGUUAUGCUAUACUCUGCCAUUUUUCUGCAAGCAUGUAUGAACUUGGAGGAACUCUUGUUCCAAUCUUAGUGAGAACUCUUGUAUCAUGGGAAUAAACUGUGCCUGUUUCACACAAUCCUUUGAACCGAUGGAUGUUUGAUAAUGCAGAAUUGUGAAGCGCUCCAGAUACGUUCAACCAACUCAGAAUCUUAUAUCAGAUCUCCAUGUUUAAGUUGCACUCGAAGAAAAUAUUGAAGCACUUUCUCUCAGACCACACCCAUAAGAGCAUUCUGUUUAUGCAUCAUUUAGUACUUCUCUCUGAAUAAAUUAUCCUUAGUCAUAAUCAUAUUUUGAAAUAACCGCCACGCCAACACUGCCACCUUCAAUUGGCAUUUCAAUAUCAAUUUCACAUGAUAUAUCCUCCUCAUUACAUUAAGAAGAAUGCAACAUACAUCUACAUAUAUUGUGCUUAUCAAAAACUUAAUUAUCUCAGUUCCAAUUCUGAUAUGAAUAGCAGUCUCCAUCACUGCCACUGGUUCCUAUUUCUUAGUGCAUUGUCAAGAACUUUCAGCAUACUCAGCAUGGCUGUAUUAUCAGCUUUCUGUGAGUUUUUUCUUUCUCAAACUUGAAUUGGUUUAUUCAUUCAUACACCAAGCCUAGAUCUUAAUUGACCCUCAUUGGAAGGAGUCAUAGGUGAAUAUUUGGACAUGCAUAAUUUGUUUUUUCUUUAAAUCCUGAUAUAGAUUCUUUACCAAAACUAAUGAGCUUAUGUUCACAAAAAUGACAAAUUUACUAUUUCAUUUUCUAACAAGAUAUGUGCAGCAUAUUGUCCAAGCCUAACACAGCUCUCUCUAAAUAUUCCAAAAGUGCAGCCAACAGUAUGAACUAUGAAGCAAAUAAAAGUUUAACACUAAAGACAUAAGAAAAAAAGGUGGGGUGAUCGCAUGGAAAGAUGAUGCUGCAAUGGAUGGAUCUCUUUGGUUUAAAAAUUUGCAUCUCUGUUUAUUUGCAGAUCACUCGGCUACUCGAUUCAGCUGUGUGAUUUAUCACUAAACUGUCCUUGGAUUUCACUGCCAAUCUUGAAGUUAAAUGAAAUGCUUGAUUUGUUAAAGUUUGUGAUAGAGUAGAGAUGUUUUUGAAAACUAAUAGCUAUUGUAUAGAUUGUGAUUAUGAAACAUUUCCAAAUUUCACAAUACUGAAGAGAAU